ACUGAGUAUUGAUCUGGAAAGCUUUUGGGAAACAUCGCCUCGAAUUUUCCUUGCGUACGAAACGAAUCGUAAUCGCGGUGUGUAAAUUAGAAGUAAAUCUUUCCCUGAAGCUCCGGAUGGAAUCUGUGCGCUACCGAAAUUCGGUUCGACGGUUCGAGAAUCUGUGUCGCGAGUUUUCUGCCAUCUAACGGUCGUGCGUUUGCAGCCCUUGAAAAUUAUCGAAUCCAUUUUACGGCACGGUUGACUGGUGGUUCCCCACAGCUCAAGGGAAAAUCUCACCAUCAAGGAAAUUUUUUCAUCCCAGCAAGGAGCGUAAAAGUGUGAUGGUCGGUCGGCCGCAUCAUGCUUGAGGAAUACUCCCUAGCGAAAACGAAAAUGGGCUCCAUCAGAAGAUGAAUUUGACGGAUGCUGCGGGACGCGAAUUCGUCGUGGGUGUUUUACUCCAUUUAGGAUACGGAAAAGUGUGAAACCAGUGCAAUGCAAUUGAAAUCCUACUUUUUGUGAUACUCGAAAUAAGAGCUAAGUGGAAGUGUGAUGAUUCUGGUCCUACCCUUUGUGCUGAUGGGUAGAUUUAUGUUCCUCUCUAGUCGGCCAGUGCUAAAUGAUAUCCCAUUCUGAAGCUGAUCCAUUGAUGUAUCUAUUAUUGCCAUUAAAAUCAAGUGAAAAGCAAGUGAAAGUUGGGGGAGUGUAUUUAUGUAAGGAAGGAAAAAUCAAUAGUAGAUUUGUCCCUAUGAGGUGAAACGGCGUGUAUUCCGGAAUAACCCACUUGCUAUUAGCCAAGGAUGCAACAAAGGACAGCUCUGGCAGGUCCGCAGACCUCAUCGUCCUCAGGAAAGCAAGUCGUAGAAUUGAAUGGUUAUGUGAUAAUUUUAGUGGAAACUCGUGAUGGCAAAAUCAAAUUAUACGGUAGUCCGGCGGAUAAGGACAACCUCGAGGUCGCGGAUGAAAUACUGGAUGUUAACGAAAGAAAACUGGAGGAUUCCUCCCGGGCGGAGGUGAUCAAGCACAUACACGAGUGCAUCCAAUCGUGUAUGAUCAAACUUCGAGUCAAACGCAGGAGUGAUUCGAGAUUAGCUGGCGAGUUGGGAAAUGCGGUCCAAGAUGCGUUCGUCAUCGCAGUUGAACAGCAAGCAAGGGAACGGUUGCAGCGUCUCUCGGCACUCAAACGGAUCACUCCGGUUGACAUGUCUCAGCUAUCCAUCAAGCUAAAUCAACAGAGUCAAGCCAAAGGAGGUACCACGCAGGAUCUAAGUUUCCUCAAGGAAGCCUCGCCAAUAUACGUAACGUCACUAGCGAAUAACACCGUUUCCGUUACGAAUACCAGCACAACCGUGACAGCUGGAACUAAGGCAAACUACUCAGCUGGGUCCAAUUUACAGCACACCGCAACCAAUAACAAUAACACCGUCAAACAAAUAGGUAAUGCAACGACUACCACCACAACCACAACGACCAGUGCUCCUGGCGGCUGUGCACCUGUGACUAACAAUCCGGUGGGGGUGACUAAGAAUGCUCAAAAUGUGAUCAAUUCCAACACCGUGGGCUCGUCCAAGCCCCUCGCGAAUCAAAUCUCUCAAAAUACCACCAUUUACUCGAAUGUCCCUCCGCCCUCGACGUCUCGUCAACAACCUACUUCCGGCAACUUGACUAAUCUGGCGACACCAACUAAUAAUCUAGCGUCUUCGUCAUCUACUUUCCGCGGAAGUUCUGCAACAACCGCCACGCUUAGCAACAACAAUAACAACUCUAUCAACAACAACAACAACAUUUCGAAUGUGAACCAUAGUCUUAUUAACAACAACAACAUCAAUAGCAAUAUUAGCAAAACCGGUGCUGGUAAUAGUUCUUGUGGUAGUUAUUACAGUAAUCUAACCAAUUCAAUCAUUGCAAACGGUCAUGGUCCCAAGCGAGAGCUGGCGACACUGUCCGAGGGCGAACUUGAACCACAGGAAGAGGCUUAUGAGACAAACAGCAACAUAUCGAGGGGCGGCACCGAGAUACUACUAGGGGAUCAGAGCUUACGGCAGGAGAACCGGUAA